AUGACUCCUUCCCCAAGGGAGCGUGUUUCUCGGGCCUGCGAACAUUGUCGUUCGCGGAAAAUUAAGUGCAACGGUGAACAGCCAUGCAACGCCUGCUCCCGAAAUCCUCAAAGAUGCGUCUAUCGGACGGGUAGCAUACGUAACAGGAAAAGUCGCCAAAACAGAGAACAACCGCGAACUCCAGCAACGUUACUACCUGCCCCACAAUCUCCAGCGAUGCCUGGGGAUAGUCCAAAUAUCCGCCUCGUUGACGAUCCGGCCCACUACAAGCGGCAGUACGAGUUGAGGGCCGGCAUUGGAGUAUCCAAUCCCGAGACCGGAAAUUUCCAAUUCUACGGCCCGUCGUCGGGAUGCGCCUUCCUGCAAAGGAUUUAUCAGCGAAUUCAAAAGUCGCCCUCUCGGGAAUCACUACUCAGCUGUCGAACGGGGCCGAUCCCGGAUGGCUUACUGAAAUGGGGCGUGGAGAGGUUCAUGUUCACAGCUGAUGCCGAUGGAGACCUGCGCCGGUCACGGUUGGCGGCCGAGGCAUUCCUCCCUCAAGCGCUAGGGGAUGUGUUUAUUGAAGCAUAUUUUAGAAUCGUCCACCCCCAGAUGCCAGUGCUAGUGUAUACGGAGAUCAUUGAUUCUUGGAAGCAGAUGUGGGAAACUCCGAUACGAGGUCGGCCGGUGAAGAACCAAGAAAUUCUAUUCAUGGUCUUGGCUCUAGGGGCUCGUGUUAUCAGGUUGAAAAAAAGCGAGCAAGAAAACCGAGCGGAUGAAUGGGCCGAGUACUUUUCGAGUCGAGUGUCCGAAGGCUCUAUCUUCAUGCAGGAGCCAAGUGUCAAGGGGGUAAACUUGAUGCUAUUGAAGGCCAUGUAUUCGUUGCAACUCAUGCGGCAGAACGAUGCUUAUUUGUAUCUGGGCCAUGCUACUCGAACUGCCAUGGUCUUAGGUCUCCAUCGAUCCCAAGUGACUUGCGGUCGAGAACCACAUUUGCAUCGGUUACGUCAUACCUUCUGGAUCAUGUAUGUCUUCGAGCGGUUGUCGUCUGUGUAUAUGGGCCGACCUUCCUCGUUGUCCGACAACCAGAUUGACACUGCGUAUCCCGAAGAUAUCCCAUGUUACAUGGAUGAGCCUUUUCAUCCACCGGCAGUUGAAUGCACGUGGACUAGGGUUAUGGCUGACAUUGCCAAACUCGCCGACCACAUUUCAGUGGACGUUUACUCUCCCGCCAGCAUCAAAAGUCUUGCGGACACGGCAAAGGUGGAACAGACUCUCCUCGAAUACGAUGCAGCCUUACAAGCCACCACCCGAUGUCUGCCUGAGUACUUGCACUUCUUUGAUGAGUCCGUACCCGUCGGCGAAGACUGGCAAGAAAUUCAGCGCCUGAGUCUGGGAUUCGCCUAUAACAUUGUACGCAUGCUUUUAUACCGACCGGCCUUAGUUUUAACGACGUUCUUCACCUCCACGAGUGAAGCACAACGGAUCGCUGCAGGCUGUAUUCGUCUACAAGAAUGCAUCGACAACUCGACGGCGGCAGCGCGGAAUUUGAUCAGUUUGGCCCACGACGUCUAUUUCCGGCGGUUUCCCGAUAUCCGGUACGACGGGGCGCUGGCUUCGUACAUGGUCUCAGCCAUCAUGACCUUACUCUACAACGUGAUGAACCUGGGAACAGAACCGGACAAGGCACAUGAAACAUUCGCCAUGGUGGAGCAGGGCAUCAGAUGCUUAGAUGAUAUUGAGCAUACUGGGUACACUGUGACAAAGAUUCUAAGUAUGGACUUGAUGAAGGUGGCCAAGCAGGCGGUGUUGGCCGCGGAUCCAGUGGUAGACACGAACCAAGUUUUAGUCGAUUCGUUUCCUUGGUUAGAUGAUUUCACUCCAACCACUACGGUGGAUACCAAUCCUGUUCCCACGCCCUAUAUAUAUCCUGAAGAAGAGGGGACCUUUCCUGUGCUUGGAACACUGGCUUCAGAUGUUGCUCUGCUGUCGGGCUCUCAAGUGAACUGCCAGUGGCUUAGCAAUGGGCUCGAUCCACGGAGCAUUCCGGGAUGCUUGCAUUGAGUAGGUCAAGGAAAGCCAGCUGGACCGAAACACCGAGGCCAAGACGACCAACCACAGGUCCCCAGCCCGGCUCAUAGCGCUUGCAUUGACCAAAUUGACCCUUCGUUGUGGACUACAUCAUGAACGACCAGGCCUAUCGCGACGACCGAUCUCUGGCGCUCAAUGUAAUCCAGCCCCAGGCCGAAAACCCUCAUUACAAAUGGCCUGUGAACCACCCUUGAACCCCCAAGCCGAGAGUGGAAGACUAUACACCAAGUACUAUGCUGGGUUACUUUCACUCCAGCAAUGCUGUGUAGGAAAGCGACCGGGCUCCAAGGGCUCUCCCCUGGCUUCGCCAUGAUCUUGUCACCAACAGAUCUCAUCAAAUACCAACCCUUCCACAAGCAACUCCCCCGCACCAAAUUGCGUUACCUCGGCCCGUUCAUCGGAAAGACUUCUUUAUUGGACGACGUGUCAAUCUCCAUCCAAUCCAGGGCUACAUGCCAUGUUAUACCUACCCCGUCACCAGCGAAGAUAUAAUACUCGACUUCGGUCAAUUAUCCUUUUUAUGCACAAGUUGUAGUGAGUGUACUUAGAACGAGGC